AAGCAGGCCCAGCCCACCAGUCUCAGCAUAAUCUAAAUUCACUCUGCCGCUUCUCCACCCUCUCGUAAAAACCUAGCCUGUUUCUCCGAACAAUCAUCAGCAAUGGAUAGAGAAUGGGGUUCGAAGCCAGGGAGCGGAGGCGCAGCCUCGGCCCAGAACGAAGCCAUCGACCGGCGCGAGCGGCUCCGACGGCUGGCUCUGGAGACCAUAGAUCUGGCCAAAGAUCCCUAUUUUAUGCGCAAUCAUCUGGGUAGCUAUGAGUGCAAGCUUUGUUUAACGCUGCAUAAUAAUGAGGGUAAUUAUCUGGCCCAUACCCAAGGCAAGCGUCACCAGACCAAUUUGGCUAAACGAGCUGCUCGUGAAGCUAAGGAUGCUCCGGCCCAACCUCAGCCUCAUAAGCGCAAAGUCAAUCUCAAAAAAUCUGUCAAAAUUGGGAGGCCUGGAUAUCGUGUGACAAAGCAGUUUGAUCCAGAGACAAAGCAGCGGUCUCUUCUCUUUCAGAUUGAAUAUCCUGAGAUCGAAGAUAAUGUGAAGCCAAGGCAUCGUUUUAUGUCAUCCUAUGAGCAGAGGGUCCAACCUUUCGAUAAGAAAUAUCAGUUUCUUCUGUUUGCAGCUGAUCCAUAUGAUAUCAUCGCUUUUAAGGUUCCUAGCACUGAGAUUGACAAAUCGACUCCAAAGUUCUUCUCACAUUGGGAUCCAGACUCAAAAAUGUUCACGCUUCAGUUAUACUUUAAAAUAAAGCCACCAGAGGCAAACAAGCCACCACCUCCUCCAGCCAAUGGAACAUCAGCUCCUGGUGUCCCACCAAGGCCCUUGCCUCCUCCACCCCAAGCUCCACCACCGCCGCCGCCAAUGGGAAAUGCUCCUGGGGGUCCACCACCUGGUUCUAUGCCGCCUCCACCACCACCUCUGGCCGUAAAUGGACCAAGGCCUAUGCCACCAGGUGGAAAUCUACCUGCUCCACCGCCUCCCCCAGUUGGUAGUGGUUCAAUGUCAAAUUUUACCCCUGGUACUCAGAUGGGAAGACCUCCUGUGCCACCACCACCACAAGGUUUUCCAGGGCAGAUGCAGGGUCUGGGUGUUCGUCCACCCCCUCCCCCUCCGCAUAUGUGAUUAUUGGUAUCUUUGUACUCGUCUUGGAUCUCUUUCGGUUGCCAGUAAAUGUUUUGGGUUAUCUCUAAAAUUGUAGCCUUUCAUGAAUUGUUAGAUUAGUGAUGCUAUGAAAAAUAUCUUUGGCCAUUUACUUGUUUUCAGGCAGCCUAUUAUUUUUCACCAAGUACCCCUGAAGUUUGUACUUUGUACUAUGUAAAACAUACAAAUGGUUAAAUCCUAGUAGUAAGAUCUGAUUAAGUGACAAGAUGUUGACGUGAAAAGUAUGUGGCAAUAAUCAGAAACGUUUUCGUCGUUU